AUGGCUACAUUUGUGAUAUCUAGGCUGAUUCAACAGCUUUCUAUUCUUCUCCUAGCUAUCUUCGCCGCUACAUUUGCAACUCCUCUCGACAAAAGAGCAACCCAAGUGUCUUUAAUCAGCUAUACUUUUUCCAACAAUGUCCUUGCCGGGUCAAUCAAUAUACAGAACAUCGCAUACGCAAAGGUCGUAACUGUCCUUUAUGCAGUUGGAAAUAACUGGAGCGAUUCUCAAAAUAUUGCCGCGAGUUAUUUAGCAUCAGGCUCCAGUGGCUACGAAACCUGGGUAUUUUCUGGGACAGCCACUGGUGCAACUCGGUUCUACAUCAGAUAUGAUAUAAGCGGAACAUCAUAUUAUGACCCCGGCAAUUCCGUGAACUAUGAAAUUAGUUCAACAUCUAUAGCAUCACCAACAAGCUCCAAGUCAUCCACAACCUCGCCGUCCAGCUCAGGGACCACAAGUGUCAGCUCAACACUUGCAUCUAGCUCAACUACUACGGUACCUCCUGGAACUGGAUCAGUAUCACUCAGUGCUCCACCUCCAAUCAUCCCAACUUCGAUCCCUAGCGAAGCUGCUGCGACGCCUCCAAGUGACUGCGGAAACUGGAACGGUGGCGAUAGCUGUCCAUCCGAUAGUGUAUCUGCAUUCGCAGCUUCAGCUGAAAAUCGACGCUGGCAGACUCCACCCAGUGGCGCUGGAGGGUAUGAUCCUACUUUUGGUACAUACGGAGAUCUAGUUGGAUAUGCAGACAUCCAAUACAAUUCUGCUCGAACAGCCGCAGCUGUGGUCAUCAAUGCAGCAUCAAGAACUGGCGAAUCACUGACCUACUCAUUUGGAGGAUCAGCGGCAAGUACAAGCAAUGUCUUUCAGGUCGAUUCAAGCUUCUCUGGAGCAUUGGCAAUGACCAUCUCAACGUCCAGCGGAAAGACUCUGACUCUGGACCAGAUCAACUUCAUCUGGCAGAAUGCACCCCUCACUGCUGCCCAGAGCACGUUUCAGAACGGCCAAAAGGGAGGUAUUGUUGAACUUUUCGGAUGGCCAUGGGUUGAUGUUGGAAAGGAGUGUGCCUUCUUGGGCAAAGCUGGCUACAUGGGCGUCAAGAUAUGGCCACCUAAUGAGCAUGUUUGGGGAUCCAACUAUUACGAAACCGAUAAGCAAUUCCGCCCCUGGUAUCUAGUCUAUCAGCCCGUCAGUUACAGGCUUCAGUCACGUAGCGGUACCCGUUCUGAACUACGCGCCAUGAUCCAAGCCUGCCGCACAGCAGGCGUUCGAGUCUACGCCGACGCAGUAGUCAACCACAUGGUUGGUCAAGGAACGGACGUCCAAAACCACCGCAACAGAGACUGUUCUCUCUACAGCGGCCACAACGCCACAGCAGGAUCUCCUUACUUCACAUCCGGAAACACCUAUCUCCUCAACCCACAAACCGGCACUCGACCAACUAUGGAGUUUCCUGCCGUGCCAUACGGUCCCAGUGAUUUCCACUGCGAGAGAAGCAUUAGUUCCUGGACAGAUAUGAACCAGGUCACGAAGGGGUAUCUAGUUGGACUUACAGAUCUGAAUACCGAAAAUCCCUAUACACAAGAUAGAAUCGCUACCUACAUCGUCGACCUCCUCUCCAUCGGCUUUAGCGGCGUGCGAUUCGAUGCCGCAAAACACAUUGGCCCUUCCUCCAUUGCAGCCAUCUUCGCCAUCAUCAAAAGGAAAAUGGGAGGCAGCAUGCCAGCCGACUAUAUCUCCUGGCUAGAAGUCAUUCUUGGAGGCGAAGCAUCCGUGCUUGCUUGUGAUGGCGGUGCUGAUUCUUGGUAUACGAAUUUCAAUACUAUUUUGAGCGGGAAGGGAUUCACGCAGGCGGAGAUCAAUCAGAUUAAAAUUUGGAGCUCGGAUUAUCCGAAGGAAAUGCCGAUUUGUGGGAGUUGGGUUAUUCCUGCUAGUAGGUUUGCGGUACAGAAUGAUGAUCAUGAUCAGCAGAGUCCUGGUUCAUCAUCACGAGACAUGCAAUCCUAUGGCUCCGUCCUAAUCAAAGACAAAGACCCAGCCAAACACCGCGCCUUCGAACUUCAGCUCUUCUCCCGCACCGACGCCGACUGGCAGAUCAAACUCGUUCUGUCCUCCUAUAUGUUCACAGCAGCAGGAGGCUCCGGCUUCCCUGAUGGGCUGAGUGAUUGUGCUCUGUAUGCAGGAAGUCAGCCUUUAAGUGGUUGUGUGGGAAUUGCGAAGGAUCAGGCGUUUGUGGAUGGCAGUUGUGGGUAUACAAUGAAAGAUGGUGGAUACACGAGAGUGCAUAGGGAUUUGAGUAUUGUUAAUGCGAUGAGAGCUUGGAUUGGGUUGACGGCCACCACUGUGGACGCCUUGGGAAUUCCUGGCUGUACCUAG